GCAAUAGAAACUGAAGCCGCGGUCUCGGAAGACCCCUCCGUAAGUUCCUAGUCACUACUAAUUGCGAUUUUAGUUACAUUUCCGAAUGUUUAGUUUCCUCUUCAAAAGAGUCCCAAUCGGGAGAACCUUAAUAAGAGGUUCAACUACCCAACUUGGUUUUCUACAAAAUCCUUCAUCUCUCAAAUACAUCUCCUCAAAAGCCUCAAGAAAUCAGAAUCCUUUCGUUGUCUCUUACCUCAUCAGCUCAUGUGGGCUCUCACCCGCAGCCGCCCUUUCUGCAUCGAAGAAGGUUGGUUUUGAAUCCUCUGAUGGACCAGACUCGGUUCUUACCCUUUUCAGAAACCAUGGAUUCACCGAUGCCCAAAUUUCCAGUCUCAUUAGAAAGUGCCCAUUGUUGCUCGUGUCCAGGCCUACAAAGACGCUUCUGCCUAAACUUGAGUUCUUACAUUCGUUGGGCGUUUCGAGCCCUAUCAUUACCAAAAUCCUCGGCAAAGAUUCAAAGUUCUUGUUCCAUAGCUUAGAAAACAAAACUAUCCCUGCUUUUAAUUUCUGGAAGAGUUUAGUUGGGACUCUAGAGAAUGUUGUUAUUGGUCUAAAACGUGAAGCUCGUUUCUUCAAUUGUGAUAUACCGACUGUGGCUCGAAAUAUUGCAAUCUUGAGAGAAAAUGGAGUACCGGAGUCUAUUAUCGUGAGUUUACUAACUUACUAUCCCUCAACGUUGACACCUAAAAAUGAUAUGUUCAAACAGAUGGUUGAGGAGAUUAAGCAAAUGGAUUUCGACCUUUCAAAGUACACGUUUAUGAGUGUUCUAUCUGUGUUUACAUCAAUGACAAAAUCGACAUUGAAGCACAAAUUGGAGGCCUAUCGAAGGUGGGGUUUUUCUGAGGAUGAGAUUCUCUUGGCAUUUAGGAGGCACCCACAACUUGUUGGGCUUAGCUUGGAGAAGAGGAUUCUUCCAAGGUGUUCAGUUUUACGAGUAUUGAUAUUGAAAGGUCUGGUUAAGGAAGAUCUUAAAAUGGGACAUCUGUUUACGAAAAGUGAGAAGUAUUUCUUGGAGAAGUUUGUGACCAACUAUGAGAAAGAAGUUCCUCAACUCUUGGAUCUAUACAAAGGGAAUAUUAUUCUGCUAGGACUAGGAUAGAGAAUUGAGGAAGUUUGGAAAGAACCCAUUGUACAAUGCUCAAAUUUUUGAA